ACAAUACGUACCCUUACAUUUUAAGGAGAACGUUCCAAAAACUAGAUUUCCUGAAGUGUACAAAGCCUAACUUGCUGAAAAAUGAUACAACAAAUGAGUUAAAGAAGUAUAGCAAGGCGGGCAUAACUAUUUGAACAGGCGGAAAAGUUGGUGAGCCAAGAAUUUUUUAGGUGCAUGGAGACAUCCCUUUGAAUAAACAGAUGACUAUUUGAGUGAAGAAAAAUAAAAAACUUGUAGCAUUGAAGUUUUCCUUGACAGUUAAGGCACGAAGAGGCGAAGAGAGGUGGAGAUGGAGGAGAUAGGCUUUUUGGGUAUGGGAAUAAUGGGGAGAGCUAUGGCCAUGAACUUGCUCCACCAUGGCUUUAAGGUCACUGUUUGGAAUCGUACUCAUUCAAGGUGUGAUGAGUUAGUGAAACAUGGAGCUUCAUUGGGAGAAUCUCCGGCAGCGGUAGUUAAAAAAUGCAAGUAUACGAUUGGAAUUGUGUCCGACCCUUGUGCUGCACUCUCGGUUGUUUUUGACAAAAACGGUGUUCUUGAGCAAAUAUGCGACGGAAAGAGUUAUAUACAUAUGUCGACUGUUGAUGUGGAUACUUCUUCAAAAAUAAAUGAGGCAGUUAUAUCUAGAGACGGUACUUUCCUUGAAGCUCCGGUCUCGGGCAGCAAAAAGCCUGCUGAAGACGGGCAAUUGGUUAUCCUAGCUGCUGGGGAUAAGGAUUUAUAUAGCCAAUUGCUUCCAGCUUUUGAUGUCUUGGGAAAGAAAUCAUUUUUCUUGGGACAGGUUGGAAAUGGUGCAAAAAUGAAACUUGUUGUGAACAUGAUAAUGGGCAGCAUGAUGACAACAUUUGCAGAAGGACUUGUGCUGGCUGACAAAAGUGGAUUGGAUCAGCAAACUCUCCUGGACGUGUUGGAUGUUGGGCCUAUUGCUAAUCCAUUGUUCAAGAUGAAAGGGCCUUCCAUGAUAAAACACAAUUACUCCCCCAUGAGUCCUCUAAAACAUUCACAGAAAGACAUGAGGCUUGCUUUGGGCCUUGGGGAUGAAGUUGGUGUUUCAAUGCAUGUGGCCGCGGCAACAGCUGAGGCAUUCAAGAAGGCAGUGAACUUGGGUUUGGGGGACCUUGAUUGUUCAGUUGUGCAUGAGGUCAUGCAGCAUGACCGACCCAUACUUAACUCAGAUAUGCAACUUAAUUAGUUUGGAUGAGGAUCUCACAGACAACAAUAAAACAAACCUUUAGAAAACCUUUGAAGGACCUGUUUGGUUCAAGAGAUGUCAGAUUACUUUGAACUGUUAAAUUUUUGGAUAUGUCAGAUUGAUGGAUUAUUCAAUUUGUAUACCAUUUGUCUUUAGUUAAGGUUAAUGACUAUCACAUUAAUUUAUUUGGUUGAAUGAUACUACAUCUGUUACACUAACAUUAGGACGUGAGAAUGUGGUGCGAUGAUUAAUAAAAGUGAGUUUAUGUGAUUGAUAUUAAAUGAAAUCACAUUUUGUUGAGAAUGAAAUCACAUUUUGUUGAGAAUGAAAUCACUCUAAGGAGCGAGACGCUCAGCCCUCUCUCUAGAUUCUCCACUCGACUUUCUUCUUCGGUCCACCUGAAGCCAGUGCGGCAGCGAUGCCGCCGGUGUAAGGGAGCGGCCAAGAGACAUCGCAGGCGAAGAACUCUUAUGCAGCGGUGGUUAGGGAUGCUACCACCGACCUUCGAUUGCACUCACAGCCAUGCUCCUUCUCAGAUGUGGGAGACCUGGGGUCGUCUGGUAGCUUCAGGGGCUUCUUCCCGUCGGUUACUUUCUCAAACAACGACUUACAGGUUCCCUCGCAACCUUUCCGAUUUGCCCUGUUCAUAAGGAGACUGUAUCUGCUAUUGAUGCCCCUUGUAUCACUGAUCUUGCUACUGUUGUAGAUGCAGCCCCGGUUGCUGCAGCUCCUAGGAAAAAUGCUAUGGGUGAUAUGGUUGUCUCUAAACCAACCUCAACCCCAAAUGAACCUGCACUUUCUGAUACUAUCCCCUUUCCUGAUAUUGCUACUGUCCCUAAGGAGACUGUAUCUGCUAUUGAUGCCCCUUGUAUCACUGAUCUUGCUACUUAUGAGGCCCCUUUUGAUGACACAAUUCGUGCUAAGGUUCCUGUCCAGCAUCCAGUGGCUAUAGAUGAAACCCCGGUGGCCACCCUUAACGUGGCGGUAGUCGAGGAAAUUCAUCAAUCGGCCACCUAUGGUGCUGGCAAAGUUUGGUUUGAUGCCAGAAAAGGAAAUGAAGAGAUCCUCUCUGGUCCAAAGAUUGACUGUCCAGUUACUACACAUGUCCCAUUCAUGUCCAAUGAUGAAACCAUUUCUGAGGACACCCAAACGCUAACUUUUUCUGUUUCAGGUCAAACAGAGAUCGACGAAGAAAACCUCAAAGGAUUUACACAGGUAGAAAGAAGAAGAAGCAAAAACUCAAGCUCAAAAUACUCACUUAAUGAAGGUACAGAAGAUGUACAACUAUUCUACGAUGUGGGAUAUUCAUCUCACCCCAUGAUCACCAGGAGCCACUCAAGAAAACCUCAAAAUGAAACAGACUACUAUCUCUACCAAGUUGACGAGAGGUUCGACUCACCACACAAACUAGAGGCAGCUCUUCGACGCUUCAAAUUGACUCAUCCGGAGGAAACGACUUACAGGCCUUAUCUCAAGAGAGCCAUCAGAUUUCAUAACAGAUACAAUAGAUCCCUUUCAGCUUCAAUUGGAAUCCCCUCACAAAAUUUCAAUUGUUGAUGUAUUUUCUAUUUCUUUUCAUUUCUCUUAUGUUCCAUCAGUUGUAAUCUCAAUUCCUUUUACUCAAACUUUAUUUAAAUAAAUUAGGGAGGUGUUCCCUGGCACCCCACCACCUAGUGUGAUUCUUACGGGGAAAAAGUGAUUUAUAUUGAAUUGAUAAAGUAAAAAUAAUGUAUGAAUCAUUUAGAAC